AUGCUGUGGCUUCUUGUUGUGAGUUAGGACCAGGAGUGUUGCUGCUUUUUAUUUUGUAACGUCCAUAGAGCACAAUAGCAGAAUCUGAAAACCUAUAAGGUGCUAGAAGUAGCUUGUAAGGUCAGGCGAUGCCAGGUGCAGUGCGUUGCUCAUUUUUUCGAGUGGCACUGGUAGCCCUUCUCCUUGUUGCUCUACUCCAGCUUCUCUACCUUUCUCUCCUCUCUAACCUGCAUGGACAACAACAGCCAAGAUCAGCACAUCCAGUACAUGCAGGUUCAUCUAAUACAGAUUCAGAAUGGCAAAGGGAACAAAAAGACCAUAUAAAGGCGGUAUUGGCUACUGGGGGCAUUCUGGAUGGAAGUGGACAGUACCGGAUUUAUCGUCACCUGCUGGCACAUGAAGAGAGAACAUCAAAAACAUUGGACUUGGUACUGGCCUCCCAUACUAGCCUUAAUAACUUGUGGCAUUUGCAAGACCUAGUUCAGCGUUGGGAUGGGAAAAUUUCCCUGGCACUGUUUGCUUCUAGUUCUGCUCAAGCAAAAGUUGGCACAGUGCUAAUAUUUACUAUUGCUCAAUUGUGCCCAUCAGUGAGACAGAGGGUGUUCUUUCAUCUGGUGUGCCAGUCUGGGGAUCAGGCAGUUUUUCCAGAACUGGAAGACCAGGCUGAGUUUGCAAAUCUACGUACAUGCCAGGCUGUUUUUGUAAAGGCAGCAAGCAUGGGUACACAUAUAGUUAAUUAUGCAGGUAAUGCUUCUUACCCUAACAAUCUUCUAAGGAAUGUUGCCAGGGCUGGUAUUGGAAGCACAACCUUUGUAUUGGUAGUAGACAUUGAUAUGGUGCCUAGUGAAGGACUAAGGUCAAAAUUUUUGGAUUUGGCUGCUCAAGGGGUAGAUACACAUGCAGUAUUUGUGGUGCCAGCCUUUGAAAUUAGACACACCCGGCGACUGCCUGGAACCAAAGAGGAACUGCUUCGACUGUACCAAGUGGGAGAGGUCCGCACAUUUUAUGAAGAGCUUUGUCCCCGAUGCCAAGCACCUACUAAUUAUUCAGCGUGGUUGAACUUGCCGGAGAGUUCUAGUAGACUGACAGUGGCUUAUGUUGUGGAAUGGAGGGAUCCAUGGGAACCAUUUUAUAUUGGGAAUAAGGUUGUGCCAUCCUAUGAUGAGAGAUUCAAGCAAUAUGGAUUUAACAGAAUCAGCCAGGCAUGUGAAUUGAAUAUAGCUGGCUUCACGUUUGCAGUCCUUGACUCUGCAUUCCUGGUUCACAAGGGCCACAAGUUACCUGGGGACUUCCACAGCCAAAAAGAUGCAGAAAACAAAAGAAACCGUCAGCUCUACAGAGGCUUCAAGGAAGAACUAAAGCUAAAAUACCCAGAUUCCAGCAGGCGCUGUUAAUGCAGUUUAGCUGUAAUAUGAAAUGGUACUCAUGUUUGUAGAAUUACAUCCGUCAUUAAGUGUGUGAUUUGUGGUCUUAGGACAACAUUUCUUAGGCAAUUCUGCUAUGUUUGGUGAACAUCUACAUCUAGCAAUUUUACAAAGUCCAAUAAGAUGUAAUCUGUAAUCAUAUUUAUUAAGUGCCACUACUGGUAGACUGA